CGGCAGAGCGUCAGUACAAUAAUCGAAACGAAACAAAACACAUUGAAAGAAGAAGUGAGGAGUAAAGUAGUGAUAAAAAUGCCUGCAAUUGGAAUCGACUUGGGAACCACAUACUCCUGUGUUGGAGUGUGGCAGCAAGGCAAAGUGGAAAUAAUCGCGAACGAUCAGGGCAACAGAACAACACCGAGUUACGUUGCGUUCACGGACACCGAACGACUGAUCGGCGAUGCGGCGAAGAACCAAGUGGCUAUGAAUCCAUCGAACACAGUUUUCGACGCGAAAAGGUUGAUCGGAAGGAAGUUUGACGACCCGAAGAUCCAGAAUGACAUGAAACAUUGGCCAUUCAAGGUCGUAAGUGAGGGUGGAAAACCGAAGAUUCAAGUGGAAUUUCGCGGAGAAAACAAAAGAUUCAAUCCGGAAGAGAUAUCGUCGAUGGUCCUAACGAAAAUGAAGGAAACGGCCGAAGCCUACCUCGGUCAGAGUGUCAAGGAUGCGGUCAUCACGGUACCGGCAUAUUUCAACGAUUCGCAGCGUCAAGCCACCAAAGACGCCGGUGCGAUAGCCGGGUUGAACGUUUUGAGGAUCAUCAACGAACCAACAGCGGCGGCUCUUGCUUACGGUUUGGAUAAAAACUUGAAAGGUGAGAAAAAUGUUCUGAUCUUCGAUCUCGGAGGUGGAACUUUCGACGUGUCGAUUCUCUCGAUCGACGAAGGCUCGUUGUUCGAGGUCAAAUCAACAGCUGGCGACACCCAUUUGGGUGGCGAGGACUUCGACACGAGGCUGGUUGACCAUCUGUGCAAGGAGUUCGAGAGAAAAUUCAGGAAAAACCUCAAAUCGAAUCCGAGAUCGCUGCGAAGGUUGAGAACAGCGGCCGAGAGAGCGAAGCGUACCCUGUCAUCGAGCACCGAAGCUACCAUCGAGAUCGAUGCCCUCUACGAGGGCCUCGAUUUUUACACGAAAAUCUCGAGGGCGCGUUUCGAAGAGCUGUGCGCGGAUCUCUUCCGGGCGACGUUAGAACCUGUCGAAAAGGCACUGGCCGACGCCAAGCUGGACAAAAGAUCGAUCCACGAGGUCGUUCUCGUUGGCGGCUCCACUCGCAUCCCCAAAAUCCAAUCCAUGCUGCAAAACUUUUUCUGCGGCAAACAACUCAAUCUCUCCAUCAAUCCGGACGAGGCUGUUGCUUACGGAGCCGCCGUACAAGCGGCAAUUCUCACCGGCGAGGGUGACAAGAACUCGAGUCUCCAGGACGUUCUUCUCGUCGACGUCGCUCCGCUCUCGCUCGGUAUCGAGACCGCGGGUGGUGUCAUGACCAAGAUCAUCGAGCGCAACGCUCGCAUCCCCUGCAAGCAAACGCAGACCUUCACCACGUACGCGGACAAUCAACCGGGCGUUACCAUCCAAGUGUUCGAGGGCGAGCGUGCCAUGACCAAGGACAACAACAUUCUCGGUAAAUUCGAACUCAGCGGCAUCGCACCCGCCCCUCGAGGAGUCCCCAAAAUCGACGUCACCUUCGACAUGGACGCCAACGGUAUUCUCCACGUCACCGCCAAGGAUACCGCGAGCGGUCGCAGCAACGACGUUCGCAUCACCAACGACAAAGGGCGUCUGUCACGGGAGGAGAUCGACCGAAUGCUCGCCGAAGCCGAGCGUUACCGAGACCAGGACCAGGAACAACGGGAGAGAGUCGAGGCUCGUAACCAAAUCGAAAGUUACGUCUUCUCGGUGAAACAGGCCGUCGACGAGAGCGGCUCCAAGCUCAACGAGUCUGACAAGAACAGUGUGAAACAACUGUGCGACGAAACCAUCAAGUGGCUGGACAACAACACGCUCGCAGACAAAGAAGAGUACAAACACAAACUCGAAGAGCUGCAGAAACAGUGCUCUCCCAUUAUGACGAAAAUCCACCAGGGCGGAGCGACCGCCGGACCCGGAGACUGUGGAGCUCAGUACAGACAGGCCAACAACAACUACAACGGACCCACCGUCGAAGAAGUUGAUUAAACAUCCAAAAUCCUAUCCCAAUAUUAUCAAAUUCAUUUUUCAUUGUAAAUAUUUCUUGAGACUGAUUUUUUUUAAGUUUAACACAUCGCAUUUGAGAACUAACAUCGGUUUACGAAUACCGAACAUGACAGAUGAUCAUUGAUUUUUCUGUAACUAUUUAUUAUUAGAAUAACAACCAGCGUAAUCGAUCAUACUGUAUAUAAAGUCUACGCUAUAAAACCUGUGAUGUAAAUAAAAGAUAAUUUUUUUUUUAA